AUGUUUUUACGUAUUUUCAUUUUUUUUUUUAGCUGCAUAGGGGGAGGCCCACAGCAGAGUAAAUCAUUUUCCCCUGAACAAAUCAGUCCAAUGUUUCUUUCUUUUUUUUUUUUCUUUCAUUCUUCAUCAUUCCUUUAUUUAUUAUUUAUUUUGUCAUGCAUCUAUUACUUAGGCUCUUGUCCUCUUUUCUUCUUUACAUCUUUCUUUUUACUUCUUUCUUCUUCUUCUUCUUCUUCUGCUGCUUUUUUUUUUUUCUUUCUUCUUCUUUCUUUUUUUUAUUUAUUUUUUCUUCUUUAUUAUCUUUUCUUCAUCUUCCUAUUCACCUGCUUUUUUUUUUCUUUUUUCUUCUUUUUAUUUACCUCAUCCAUUCUUCUUCUUCUUCUUCCUUAUUUCUUGCAAUUCUUCACACUCUUCUUCUUAACUUUUCAUUCUUCUUCAAAAUCAUCCCCUCUUCCAUUCUUUCCUAUUUAUUUUCUUCUUUUCUUCUUCUUCUUCUUGUUCUUCUUCUUCUUUUCUUCUUCUUCAUUAGUUCUUCUUCUUCUUCCAUUCUUGUUCUUCUUUUUUCUUCUUCUUCUUCUUCUUCUUCUACCUAAUCCCAUUCUUCCUCUUCCCCUCUUCCAUUCUUCUUCCAUCCCCUCUUCUUCUUCUUCUUCUUCUUCUUCUUCUUCUUCUUCUUCUUCUUCUUCUUCUUCUUCUCUACCUAAUCCAUUCUUCCUCUUCCCCUCUUCCAUUCUUCUUCCACUUCUUGAAACUUCUUCUUCUUCUUUUCUUCUUCUUCUUCUCUACCUAAUCCAUUCUUCCUCUUCCCCUCUUCCAUUCUUCUUCCACUUCUUGAAACUUCUUCUUCUUCUUCUUCUUCUUCUUCUUCUUCCAUUCUUCUUCCCUUCUUGA